AUGUUUAAAGGAGUAAUUCCUGAAAAGAAUUUAAAUCAAGCUGUUGGUGUAGCAGCUAUGUGUUUACAAGAGGAGACAUACAUGCGUCCAUUGAUAUCCGACAUUGUAGAUGGUUUGAGCUUCCUCACAGAAGAUCCUGAAGGGUUUACGACACUAGCAGCAAGUGAGCUUGAUCUCAAGUUGGAGCCAUAUAACCCGCCUUCAUCCUCAUCCUCCUCAUCAUCAUCGUCAGACUCUGAUUCAAAAAAUGAGCUUAAAGUGAAGAUAGAGCCAUUUAAUCGACCUGUGCUAGAACCAAAUCCAAAGCCACAGCCUGAGCUGGUAUCGGAUUCUGAACAGGAGUCUGAGUUGGAGCCAGAACCCCAGCCAGAGCCCGAGCCGGAACCAGAGCCUGAGCCUGAACCUGAGCCUGAACCUGAACCUGAACCUGAACCUGAUUCAAGUUCAAGUUCAAGUUCAAGUUCGGAUUCAGAUCCAGAGCCUGAGCCAGUACCGGUUCCUAUGCCAGAACCGGUACAAGAACCAGUGCCAUCAAGUUCAAGUUCAAGUUCAAGUUCAAGCUCAAGUUCAGACUCUGAGCCAGAGCGAGAGCCAAUAUUAGUGCCAGAAAUACAACCAAUGGCCGAACCUAGUCAGAAAGAUCAAACUUCUUCUGAUGAUAAUUCUGAUGAUUCAUCGGUUGUAUAUGAGGAAGAUGCGUAUAGCGAAGAGGAAUUUUCAGAUGAAGACAAGACAAACACAUCAAAUCUACUAAAAUCUAAGUCAAAACCACGAACGAAACCCACCAAAAAGAGAGUUGUGUUUAACACAGAAGGAAAUGACUCAACAAAGCCAAAACCAAAAAGGAUGAAUUCUAGUCGGAGCAAGAAGACCUUGAAAGGUGAUCGAAGCAAAAAUAAAAGCAUGCGUAAAUCUAAAUCGAAGGGAGAUGACCAUAGUGAUAUAGAGUUUACAGAUGAAAGUGAUGGUGAGGAUACAAGUCAAAGGUAUACAAGUACUAUUUCGAGGUUCAUGAGUGCUAAUUCAAAAGUUUACAGAGGAUAUGCCGAUGAGAGUGACAAUGAUUCAAGUUCAGAGGGCGAAAAAUAG